GAGUGUGGACUGUAGAGGUACAGAGGUAGACCGUAGAGGGGCCGUGGUAGAAGGCAGAAGCUGAACAGCCGGCUACGUUCCAGGGUCUUCAAUCCGCAGUUGUCCGCUCUUCGUCAAAGCGUACGGAUACGCAAGACAUGUACGCGUCCGCGUAACACCCGUCUCGAGUCGAGAGCGUGGGUCGGUCUCCUUCCCGAUCCGGUCCUGCCCCGUUUUGUCCGGGUCGAGCCCAGCCUCGGCCGUGUCGGCUGGAAACCGUUCUGCAGACGAGACUAGGGUGAUGCAGAGGGUGGCGUGGCGAUGACGUUGGAUGAGACGGGCCAUCCUUCGGCCGAAGUCUGGAGUAACGGUUCGUCCCUCCUCCUACUUGAGCCAUUACCUCAAUGCCAUUCGUGGUCGCCGAUAAAUCAUAUUUAUUUUCAACUCGCCAACGUGUUUUAUUUCCUGUCGUAUCUGGCACCGACGGGCCUUCAUGGACUCCUGUACCUACGUUCGACGCUGCUAGUCGGCUGCGCCUUCACUGCCCUGUGGGGGGCUACAGUCAGAUGCUCCUUGGACGCGCUCUUAUGGAACGCCAACUUCGUUCUCAUAAACUUCGUCCACAUACUCAUCCUGCUCUACAGGCUUCGGCCUGUCAACUUCACCAAAGAGGUCGAUGAGGUUUACGAGGCUGUUUUCAGGCCUUUGAAAGUGACGAGGCCACAGUUCAAAAAGGUGCUGUCUUGCAUGAAAAUGAUACGUCAGCUGAAGUACCAGGAGGUGUACGCCCAGGAGAAGGUCACCAAAGUCGACAGCCUCUCCCUAGUGCUGUCGGGAAAGUUGGUGGUAUCACAGAAUGGAAGAGCAUUGCAUAUUGUCUUCCCUCAUCAGUUUCUUGACUCCCCAGAGUGGUUUGGUGUUUCCACUGAUGAAUAUUUUCAGGUGUCAGUCACGGCUAUGGAGGAAUCGAGAGUUCUCCUUUGGCACCGGGACAAGCUAAAGCUGUCGAUAAUAACUGAUCAGUUUCUUCAAGCCGUCUUUGAUCACAUCCUAGGAAGGGAUGUUGUCAAAAAACUCCUACAGGUCAGUGAAACGAUGACUGUGACGAAUAACUUAAAUGGCCAUCUCACAACUGGUUUUGGGGAUGAGCAAGAUAUGGAAAAGCCAAUGGUGAUAGUGAAAAAGUCUGGCGAUGGACCAGGAAUCACCGCGCUUAUCAACAGACAGUUACAAGAAUUUGAAGAGUCGCAGCCUUUAUUAAACAGUGGAACUUUGGCGUCUUGUGUCAAUCUUAUCAACUCUAAUUUCUACAGAAGACAGUGACCAAAUGCAACUGAUGUGAACGCAUGGAGGCUAGGAAGAAUUGAAGAAACUGAUCAUGAGACACAAGUUUAAUUUGUUAAUUAUUAAUCAAACUAUUUCUGGACACAAUUGUGUUUUGAUGUAAAGAUUUGUUUAGUUUUUCCCUCUCAAAUAUGUAAUAAGAAAGGCAUGGUUAAUAUGGCUAGUAAUUAAAUUCAAAUGUAUAUUCAGAGUAAUUUGUAUAAUCAUUUCGAAAAGAACAGUGUAUUUAUAGUUCCAAUCGGACAGUUAUAAAAUAUUUUAGUGCCUUUUAAUAGGUCUAAAAUUGAAAAGAAAAAAGCAAAAAAUACAAUAGGCUCAAUAAUAAAUUGUACGAACAGUAUUAGAUGAAAUAUCAGGUUUAUUUUAAUGUAUUUUGUAGUCAAUAUAUAUUUUUCGGUGAAAUUACUUCACAGAUUAAACAAUAGAAAAAUGAAAACAUAGAUAAUUAAUCUAAUUAAAUUUCAAGAAAAAUAUUAUGAAAUAGUUAAAAAAAAAUUUAUUUUGUCUGUUAUAAUGCUUAGCCAUGACAAGUCUGAGGACGUUCAAGCUAGGUAUCUUGGAUCCACUUGUGUAUCAUAGAUUGGAAAUUGUAUUGAUACAGCAGUUUUUAAAAAAGCUAUAACUGCAGCCUCGUGGUGAUGCCCACCUGUUUAUUGGCUAUUGUUGUUUUUAUGUGAAAAUAAUUUUAAUUAAACUGAUGAGGCAGAUGAAAAAUUAAUCAGACUUUGAUGGAGACCUACUUGAACAUCCACUAUGAGCAUUUCUCAAACAUAGAGAUGUGAUGACAGAAAAUUGUCUAAUUUUAUCUUAUUUUAAUUGUAAAUUAAUUUUGUAAUUAAUAUUGAAUUUUGAUUUACUGUUGAAAAAAUAUAUUUUUCAGUUAAAUUCAGAAUUGAAAGUGGAGAAGUUGAAUUGUAAUUUUAAAAGUAAUUUAAUGUUUACUUUUAAUACAUUUUAGUUUUUGUAAGAUAAUGAUCAGAUUAUAAAAUAAUUAAAUUUAAUUGAUUGAGAAUUUUACACUGUUUUGAAUUUUAUGUGUUUUUAAACACAUGGCCUGAAUCAUAAGGCUGAUUAUUUUAAAUAAUCCAAGAGUUAAAGAAAAAACUGGUAAUCAUAUUUUGGUAUUUGUACUGUAAUUAAAUAGACAAGGUAAUGUGUAAUGGAGAUUAUCGGAAUGAAUAAAUAAUAGUUGUUUACAAAAGAGAAAAAAUGUAUUAACAAAAAGAAUGAUUUAACUUUUUUAAUAUCCGAAUUGUGAUUGUAAAUCAAAGUUAUUUCAGAAUGUAGAAACUGUUAAAUAUUUUAAAUACGUUGGGUAUGUUGGUGCUGAACGAAUUGAUGUCUGACAUUGUGGUGGUUACAAGUGAGCAUCAUAUCAUAAAAACAAAAAAUUCAUAUCUGUCUAUAUUGUACAUUGAAUUUAAUUAUUUUUUGAAGACAUGUAAGCUGUAUAUUUAUCUGUGUUAGUUUGAAACUACAGUGAAAAACAUUUCUGAAUCCUUAUGCACUUUCUAAUUUUUAAUAUAAUUUCUUAAUGUCUGUACAUAUUUGAAAGCAGAACUUGGCCAAAAGCAGGACUUUUAAGUGUAUUAAAACCUUGUAAACCCAUACAUGUUUUCCCACAAAAAAAAAAAAAAAUAAAUAAAAAUAAAAUUAAUGUAAAAAUCAUGUUUCUGUCAAUUUACCACGUCCCACACUGCAUUGGUCCAAGUUUAAAUUCUGACAAUAAUUCAAAUCGAUUAUUGCUGUUUAUUUUCAAACGUUUAUUUAACAGAAAAACUUUCUUUAACACUUCCCAGGCUCUUGUUAAACAUUAUUUGGUUUGAAUGUUUAGAAUAUACAUAUAUAUGUACUUACAAGAUUGUAAAGACCACAUGAGCGCUAAGUGCCAUUGUAUUAUAGUUAUAAAUAAUGUUAUAUAUGUCCUGUUAAAUGCAGUAUUUGUGAUAUAAAGACUAAGUAUGUAUCUCA